AGCCAUCGGUGCCGCGGGAAUUGAAAGUUGCGGAGAGCGGCGCUAACUAAUUUGGAGGGACCGACGGCGCAGGAAGAGGCAAGGGGGCCCUUGGGGCGUGGAAGAAAGGAAAGACGGAGGCGGCAGGAUCGUCCGGUCACCGUGCUAAGCGAAGGAGGGCGCGGGCGUCCGUCGGGCGGUGUCUGAGGAGCCGGGCGAAGGGGGCUCUUGGCCAAUAGGAAGUGAUUUUCUGAAUGGAGAUUGAAGCUGUCUUUGAGGACUGAGUCUCAAAAGAUACCAUGGGACCUGGAAAAGAAGCCAAUGAAGAAAGUGUGAUUUUAAUUAGUGACGAUGAAACAGAUGCUGAAACUACCUUAGGGAAUUCUGUUGUGGUGAUUGAUUCUUCUGAUAUGCAAGAUGAUAAAUCUGAUCUAGAAGAGAAGAAAUCUGAAGAAAUCGUGGAUGAGGAAUCUGGACUAGUGGUUACUUUCUGUAAAAAAGGGAUGGUGAUGCCACAUGCAAGAUAUGACUGUAUGACUCACCCUUUUGAACGAACAGAGAAUGAGACGUGUAUUCCUGUUAAGCAAAAUUCAGAUAUGUGUGGUCAGUGCUACUGCUAUGUUUGUGAUAAACUAGCAUCAAAGUGUCAGUAUUGGACGACUUCUUCUUCUUGCCAUUGCAAUGCCCAUAACAAAAGUAAAUUUUGGAAGGAUCAGCGAAAUUUUACUUUGACUGGUGUUCUUGUAAUUUUUAACUUGGAACCUGCUGAGAUAGACACAGAUCUCCGUCAUGGGGGAGAGCUUCUGUUUAAAUUUCUUCGAGAGCUUUCUAUACAGUAUAACAACUAUCUUUCUGGAGAAAUUGUUUUGAGUCUUCAGGACUGUGUGUGUCCCUCAAAACAGACACCUGGCCAAUGUAGUGUCUGCAGCCGACUUCAAAAUGAGGUUAUAUAUAGGUAUUCAGAUGUUUUCAAUUUGGUGUCUUCAUUUAUAAAUAAAGCAGAAAAAGAGAAGCCUAAAACUGCUGCUAUUAUGUUGUUGGGAGCAGCCAGGGAAAUAGCACUUCACAAGGAUCCUGCUCAGCCCUGGCAAAAUCUUGGACCAUCUGAGUCUUUGAAAUUGGCUGUACCUUUUCUCAUGUCAAGGAUUACCAAAAACCUCCAAAGGAUGCUUGUACUCAGUGAUUUUCCUAAACAACUUUAUGAAAAAUUCAUUGGCUUUUUCCAGACAAUUCCUCUUCCCCCUUAUUGUUUUAAGUUCACAAAUUGCCUGAAUGUUCCAUCAUGGGAUCACAGAUUACUAACUACGGUUUUAAAAGGCCAGAACAUUACUGGUGAACAAAAAAAGAAUGGAAAGAAGGAAUUCCUCUGGGAAGUUCUUAAUGUGAUAAAGGCUAGAACUGAAAAAAUGGAAAGUAUGGGACGGUACAAAGAACUAGUUCGCUAUUUGAAAGCAGUAAAGUGUAAUGAAGGCGUUGGGUUAAGGGAUCUUAGAGACAAGAUUCCUUUCUACUUGUGCAAAAGUGGUGAUUUCACCAGUGCUGCGUACUCAUUACUACUUCCCAUCAACAACCUGGCCUGCUGCACAGCCUGUCGACUCGCACCCUUGGAGUUUGAGUGCUACCUGAAGAUGUUCUGGACAGGAAGUGUCCCCUCAGGGAAGGAUUUCCAGGACUCUAAUGAGUGGAUUUUGAACGUGGGUUCUCCUGUAAAGUGUUGUACACUAAUUAAGCAGGCCCUCCGAGUACUCUACAACAAUCAGUCCUUGUACAGAAAUUCAAGAUGUUGGAGUACACUCAUCACAAUUUUGGGCAGUAGUCCUAUUUUGGAGCAGAAUGGUCUCCUAACUACUCUCACUCUGAGAGAACCACCAUCUUCCUUCAGACAGAUGGUGUGGGAUGUGUCCUUUGGCAUUUUAGAAGAAUUGAGAUUGAAAGUCAAUGUUUCUUUGCCUUCAAAUGUAUUUUAUGGUUCUUUAAACCUUGAGGCUUGUUUUCUUCUCGCCAUUCAAGCUGUGCUUCAGAUGCUGAUAACUGACUUGCCAUGGUUGACUUCUUUUCUUGAAAUUAUGUUAGCUUUUGGGAAAAAUUUCUGGGCACUAAAGCUGUUUUUGGAAGGCCUCUUGUACCGAAUGCCUGUUCUUCAUGAUGUUGUCAGUAUGAUUGCCAGAGAUCUGAAUUACCAGAAAAACACUCUUCUAAAAUUGUGGCAAACUCUAGGUCCAGACUAUGUUGGGGAGCUCCUCUGCCUUUUCCUGAGCUUCAGAAAUUCACAACUGCAAUCUGUUGGCAUCUUUCUAUCACAUGUGGUAAUAGAAAACUUAAACCAGUGUCCUUGGGCAAAGUCGCUUGAUAUUUUUCGUCUCAAAGCUUUCAAAAGACCUCAUCUUGAGACUGCAAAUCAUCUUCAGUUGAACAAAUUUGUUUCUAUUUUGGAGAAUUUGUAACUAUUUCCUAAGUCAUUUCUCUUGAAAAUUACAAAUUUAUUGCAACUCACUGCCAGAUGCCUACAGUAAGCCCACCAUGACUGCUUCAUGUUCAAAAUUUUCUCUUAAAGACUUUCUGGAUUUUGAUAUCUUGGUAGUAAGUCCUUGAUGAGGUUUGGCUAAGAUUACAUUCUGUAUUGAAGGUGAGGGGAAAGAGUAUCCUAUGGAAAACAAACCAAUUAAGAUGUCUCAGUUAUGUAAGUGCUAUUGUUUUCCUUUUCAGUCUAUUCAGUUUUGCCCUUUCCAGCAUUUGAACAAUUUUAAAGUAACCAAGGGUUCCUUUCAGAGUGCAGAUAGAGUUGUCAUCUGACAAAGCAGGCAUCACUUGCCUUACAUCCCCUAUCAUUCUUGUCAGUGUAAUUUGAGUUAGCUAUAUUCACACAGAAAAGCAUUGAGGAGAGUAUCAGGCCUAUCAAAGAAAAAGAACUCAGGCAGUUCCCCUUUCUUUUAACCAUCCAUCAGAAAUCACACUUGACAUAAUAUUUAAAGAUCCAUGUUUUCCCUUUAAAUAUUUAAAGAAAACUGUAGUAUCAUAGGUUUUGUAAAGAUAGAUCUAAGUAAAUACUCUAGAUUUUCAAACCAGUUCUUGUUUUAAAGUUAUAGUUGCCCAGAAGGAAAGGAGUUCAGAAUUUCCCACUCUGCUGCUUAUCAUAAAUAAUUAGUAACCAGGUUCUUAAUGAAGUGCAUUAACAUUUACCAUUUAUGUUCUAAUUCAUAAAAGUGGUAACAGAAGCAUAUCUUGGCUUCUAUCAUUUAUUCAAACUCUGAUCUUCAGUUCCUUAAGUCCCCUACAUCCUGUUGAAAGUGAUGUUCCCAAUUGCCUCCUUUCAGUUUUCUUUGAAACAAUUUCUGUUGUAUUUUUGCACAUGUGAGACUUCCAAAUAACUUAAUUUUUCCAAGCCUAAAUUAUUUUUUUAAAAAAAUCAUUCAAACUUUCAGAGAUUAUGUAAGAAAAGUAUCAGAAUUUUUUUAUUUGCUCUUGUGAAAUAAAAUUUUGCUUUGUUA